UUCUUUUUUAUCCUUUUCUUUGUAAACCUUUAUACCACUUAUCUUAUAUCCUAAAAUGUCUAUAAUUGAUUUUCUUAACGACAUUGUAAACGAUCUUGCUUUAGACGGAGAAGAAGGCUGGACCCUUGAUCGUCUUUUCACUACAUUUAAAUCUUCAUACAGAGAAACAUUAUUAAAAGAUUUGCAAAUUAACAUUGAGCCUAACUUUGACGAUGAUUACAUGGAAAUUGUCUGGAAUGUUUUCAAAACUUAUAGUCAAAUUAUUUACAUGGAGAACGAUCAAAUAAUUGAUCCCAAUGCUUUUACUUUUAAAGGUAUUAAACAUAAAUUAGGAACCAUUAAAGUCAAGGCAAGAGAAGAAAUACAAGAUAUUAAUAUUUAUGGAAAAAUACAGGCAAUAAAAUCACAGCUUUCAGACACGCAUAAAUUAAUUAUGCAUAUAAUUGCCAAGUGUCGUGCCAAUGGAAUAACUCAAUAUGAUUUGGGUCAAAAGUUGAAUAUGGAUAGUAAAAAAAUAUAUUAUUACGUUAAGAAGCUUGACAGACUUGGUUUAAUCUUCAAGCAAAGAGCCUAUGUAUCUAAAAUGAGUACAAGACUUUUAGUUUUACAACGCUUUAAAGCUGAAAAUGAAAAACUUCAAUUAAAUAAUAACGGCGUUAUAUAUUGUCAUUCUAACUUUGAUAAGAAAAUUAAAGAAAAGUUAGCUGGAUCAAAAGAUAAAAUGAUGACGCUUAUGGAUCUAAUUAAAUUAGUUGGUAUAACUGAGAAAACAAAAAUUAGAUGGGCUAGAUGUCGUAUUAACGAAUUGGCCAAACGAAAAAUUUUAGAACGAUUUAUAGCUCACGAUGGAAAAAAACAAAAGCAUUGCGUUAGGCUUGUGGAAAAGGAAAAAAAUAUUGGAAGAACAAAGAAAGUUGCAUUGAAAAAAAAUAUCAAACGUAGUCGUAAAAUAUGUAGAGAUUUACCUUUAUAUCAAAUAUUUUACAACGAAGUUGCAGAAGCAGGUGAUAAAGGCCUCAUAAGACAGGACUUGAUUAAUAAAUAUCCAUCUAUCGAUCCAGAUUUUUUUCAACUAUUUUUUAUGAAAGCAAUCAAUCUACCCAAAAAUAUCGAUUUAUCAGAGUAUUGUUUAUAUCGUAUCGAAGAGCGAGAGAGAAAAAUAAGACGUUUUAGAUACUUUACUUUGGAUAGCUGGAAGUCAUUUAACGAGAAAAACGAAACACCACUCUCAGAUAGCGAAUAUUUGCCUAUACCUAUUCCACAAGAUAUCUUAAGCGAGCGCUUAGAGAAUGAAGUGAGUACUGAUUUAGAAGAACAGAAAUCAAUGAUGGAUGCUGUCAAAAGAUUUAAGCGAAAAUAUAAACCUGGCUUAAAUAAAAACAUAGCUUUAACAGAACUACAAACACGUUGUAAAGCUGCUUCAAGUAAACUUGAAGGAACUAACGAUAGAUUACUCCCAGUUAAUAAUGAGCAAAGUAAUCCUAUAUUAAAGCCUUCAACUAAUUCUAUAUCUUUGAAUAUGAAAAGAAAAGAACCCCCAUCAGAGGCUGUAUAUAAUGAUCUUAUAUCAACCUCUCAAGAUUCAGUUCGUUCUUCAAAACGAUUAAAAAAGGCGUUAACAAGCGAUAAAAAUCAAAACGCGCUGCCAAAGGUGCAAUCCAAAAAUACAAAUGAUACUAUAAAUGCCGUUAAUAAUGAGACAAGUCAAUCAAGCCUAGAAGAAUCGGUCAAUGUAUCAAUUUCAAAUCAAUUAAAAAGAAAAUCAGUACAAUUAGAAACUGAGAAUAUUCCUAUACCAUCAUCUUCAUCUUCUUCUUCUCCUCCUUCUUCUCAAGAAACGACAUCAAAUUCUAAUUGUUCAAAUAAACGAUUCAAACAAGACUCUAAAGGGAAAAGAUCCGCUCCUUUCAAUGCCACUAAAGCACUUCGACAUACCAUUUUAUUAAAUAUGCUAGAAAAAGAUCAUAUUCGUGAACUUAAUAAUGUAUUAGCCUUAGAGUUCCAUACAAUUGAAAAUGAACGUGGGACCUUGUCAAAUAAAAUCUCAAGACCUACACUUAAAAAAAUGGCUGAAGAAUUGCAUGAGCAAAAGAAGCUAACUGUCUAUGUCUGCUCAAUUAAACAGCUGAAUGGUUUUACAGCAACCAAGACCUUUCUUUUACAUCAUUCUUUAACAAGCGAAAGUGAAGAAGUAAAACGCUAUAUGAAUGAUUAUAGUUUUGAAAAAUGUAUGAUGCAUACUACUCUAAAGCCAAAAAAGCUCAAGGUAGUUAACGUGGAUGAGAUUCCUACUAUGGGAGAAUCACAGAAUAAGCAAGAACAAAUCAAUUUAAGAGAUAAAAUAAUGAAGAUGCAAUCAAAUUCUACACAUGGUACAUGGCGCAUAAUUGCUCGUGAAUAUGGUUGGAUUGACUCAAAAUGGUUACGAGCACAGGAGAUACAUGAGACUUUAUUUGAAUAUUAUGAAGCACAUGAAAGGAAUCAAGUCAUUGAUUUAAAUUUAUUUUGGCAAACAAUUCGACUACGCACGAUAAUGAAAAUUUAUGCAUUACUCCCCUAUAGCAAUCCUAUCCUUGCUAGCUUUUUAAAUGUCGAAUCCAAUCGUAAUAUUUCUUUAAAUAAGCUUCCAUCUGAUAUUAAACUGAUUGUGAAUCAAUAUAUUCCAAGGAUCCGGUAUUCAGCAAUGGAUUCAAUCAAAGUACUAAAAGAGCUAGAGCUUAUUUUAAUAGAUGAAAGUAACGCUCAUCGAAUUGGUAUUCCGGCUACAGUUACCUUAUGCUUCACUGGUAUUGUUAAAAACUAUACAUCAAAGGACCGACCUGAAAAGUUGAGGCUACCAUUGGGUAAUAAAGAAGAAAGACAAGAUUUUUGGGAAGUAUUAGAGGCCUAUUGUACACAACUUUUUACAGAAAAUGAUGUUGUUAAUGACAAGAAUGAUCCAUUAUACAAUAUCACAGCGAAACAAACUUGGACAUCCAAUAUAGAAUUAACGGAUAAUCAAAAAUCAAUAUUAGAUUCAUAUGUUGACGUAGACGCACAGACAAUACCCAAUGAAAACGAUGUUGGAUUAUACAGUUACAUCAAGAAGAAAACUAGCUUGACAAUAAACCGUAUCAAAUUAUACUAUAACUCUUUAUUAGUCUCGUUUGACAAAUAUAAUAAGAAAAAACAGAAGCAGUCUCCUAAAAGAAGAUACGUUAGAAAGCCGCCUUCCUUGACUAUAGAACAACUUAUGGAGACUUCAAAAAAAGAUGGAAUAAUACCAAUAAUACCUGACGAGCUUGGAGCACAGAGCAGUUGCUAUUUGGUGCCUACUUUUGUUGGAAGUCGUCCAUUUCAAAAAAUAAAAAAUUAUACCGAAAUAAUACGUCCAGAUAAAUAUGCUAAAGAUGCUUUUAGUAAAACUGAAAAAAAACUACUUAUACAUGCUUACGCUAUUAUGAAAACAAGAGGAAAAUCUUCUAUCUUUCGCUGGGAACCGAUUACGAAAAUAAUACCUAAUCAUUCUGCAGAAAGAUGCCGUCGAGUUAUUUCAAGUAUGCAAUCUAGAGACCCUAAUUUCAGUAAGUCGGUUGACAAAUUAUCAUCGAAAUGGUUAAAAUACUAUUCAGAAGGCAUAUUAAACAAUGAUAUAAAAGAUGAUAAACCAUGGGAAUACAAAAAUUAUGAUUUGCCUUCCUUCUUGGACUAUUUCAUUAAAAGACUAGCUGAUGAACCUCCACCUAGAGCAUCCAUAGAGACUAAUGGUGUUUCCCAAACAUCAUCAGAAGAAAAAGCUGAUUCUGAUGACUCAGAUUCUAACAAAAGUAAUGUUAGCAAAGCUGAAAGAUUCCAGCUUGUAAAAAAUAAGCCUGAAAACAAAGAGGCUAGUAAAGAAGAAUUACGUAAAGCAGCAAGGAAAAAAAGAGAAGAAAAGUCGAAAGAAAUCUGUAUCAGAAAACAUAAAAAAAGAUUAGAAGAUUUUACUCGCAGAUAUCCUUAUCCAUUUGCUGUCAAUUAUGAAGAAAUAAAUAGUGAUAUGCCAUCAACAGCAUCAAAGAUUAACCCUGAUGAGAUACAAAAAAGAGUAGUUAUGAUUAUAAUUAAGAUGAUUAUGAUGACAGAGCAUAAUAAAUAUAAGCCAGAAGAUGCGUAUCUUACUCUUAGAGGAUACCCAAAUGAUAUUAUUGAAAAGGCCUUGAAGACAUUAAAAGAUAAUCGUAUCAUUGUUAACGAUAAAACAAGAUAUGGUCGAGUUCCAGGAAGACAUCUUAAUGUUUCAUCAAAAUUUCUUGACAUUAUUUCAGGAACACUUCCAUAUGAUCAUUUUCAAAAUGCAAAAGAAUUUCAUAACGCAUUAGCUGUCAAUGAUACAGUAAAAAUAAAAAAUUCCGAGUUUAAUAGUGGUUCUUUAAUGACACUCUUUGAGCUUAUCUCUGAGGGAAAGAUUCAAAUGAGUAUCGAAAAUGCAGCUAAAUAUCUUGAAAAUAAAAACAUAACGCCUAUACCGAAAAGAAAUGAUGCGGAAGCACGUAGGAAAUUCUUUUUUGACAAUUUACGCUUGGUAGUUGAGAAGACAGAUGAAUUACCAGCUAUCAAAGAUCAAAAAUUCAAAGGAAAAGAAACAGCAAAUUGCUUUAUUCCACUAACAAGUCAUAAAAUAGCAGAAUAUUUUAAAGCAAAUUCAUCAGAAGCUUUAUUAAAAGAAAUCUUUGAAAUAGUACAUAGUUUUAAAGACAGAGGAGCUACAUUUGCAGAAAUACUAAAGACAGCAGAAUCAAUGAUGCUCUGCUCUGAGAAUGAACUUAUGAAAAUAUUAGAAAAGCUUUUAAAUAGUUCCCCAGCAAUGAUUCAACUUGUAGGCUUAGAUCAUUUGAAAUAUAUUACUUCAGAAUUUGUUGGCGAGUGGUUAAUUCAUAACAAGCAUAAUAAGAAUGCUGCAUAUAUCCGACCAUUAAUGUGGAAUGAAUUAAACGGUAAUAUCAUACAACCAGCCAUUGAAGGGCUUGCACAUACAGCAGUCAGUCAUAUUUUAGAUAAUCCUGGAAUAUCAUUUACUGCAUUAAAUUCUAAACUUGAAGAAGUUUGUACCAAGUAUGAAUUAUAUCAUAUUUUAGAUUAUCUUUUGAAAACGAAAAGAAUUAUUUCAAGAAAAAUAAUUCAUAAAGGAAGUUCUGGUAUUUUUACCAAAAAGUCAAUUUUAGUAACUGGCAUCUCUAAUACAGCCAUGGUUAGCAAUGGCAUGACUUGUUAUUGGGUAGCUCCUGAGUACUACCAUCAUUAAAUAAAUUGGCUUUGUUUUAAAAAAUAAAAAAUAAAAAAAA